AAGAGAGAGCGCAUAGUCUAGCAUUAAUUCAACAAGGUGUUAAAUAAAAGCCACCAGGCGAAACAAAGGACGUGAAUGAGGAAAAGAUUCCCUGGAGGUAAACAAUGUCAGAGAAAAUGUCAGAAACAAAUGCUAGGAAGCCCUCGGCAAACAAGAAUAUUAAAAAGUUGCGUGCCAUAAGCAUGGUGUGCAGCCUGACUCGGAGCUGGCAGCAGUGGGUGAGCGAAAAUGAAGAGAAGCAGUCCAGUGAACCCAGCGGGUGGGCCCCAGGUUGCCCUGAAGACCCUAAAGAUGCAAAAAAAGAGAACAGACAUUCUCAGAAGUCUAGCCCCAGCCAAGAGAAAGUGAAAGCUCCUGGUGAGUCACGCAUCAGAACCGGCCAAGUGGUAAAAACGGUGACAAGGGAUGUCCAGGAGAGAAGUGUGGGCAUUGAGUUUUUGACCAAACGCAUCUGUAAGGAUCCAAUUACAGAUGAACUGGACAAGAUGCUGAGCAAGAAAGGGUCACCCACACGCCAAAGGAAGUGCUCAAACAUGGUUUCGGAGCUGACGCGAGGAUGGAAGGAAAUGGAAAAGGAGAAAAAGCAGGCUAAAGAGGGUGGUGAGGAUAAUGACUUUCCAGAACCUGAAGAGAGAAGCCUGCAGCUAGGAACCAACCAGGAGGAUACCAUGAACAAUAAAACAAAUGAAAAUACAGAGUCGUCCACAGUCAGGAUCAAAAGAUCCUCUGUACUUGGGAGCAAGAAGGAUGUCGAAGAUGCCAACAAAAUAAAUACCUUGUCCAAAAAGUACAGCGCUGUUGGCAACCUUAAAAACCGCUGGCAAAACUGGGCAUCCGAGCAUUCCGUUAAUCAGAAGCUGAACCCCUUCAGCGAAGACUUUGAUUAUGAGUACUCCAUGUCAACACGGUUGCGGAAGGGUGAGGAGGGCUACGGGCGGCCUAAAGAGGGCAGUAAGACAGCAGAGAGAGCCAGACGUGCAGAAGCACACAUCCAUCGUGAGAUAGACGACAUGUGCUUUAUCAUAAGGACUAUGGCACAUCCGGAUCCAGAUGGUUACACUAGAGUGACCUUUUGCGAGCUGUUUGACCGAUACGUGCGAAUCUCUGAUAAAGUGGUGGGCAUCCUAAUGAGGGCCAGGAAGCAUGGAAAGGUUGACUUUGAAGGGGAAAUGCUGUGGCAGGGACGGGAUGAUGGUGUCAUUAUUACUCUGUUAGUAUGACACGAGACUGAUGCAUUGUCAUGAAGUCAUUCACUCUGAACUCAACGGGAAAGUUAAAAUUUUGCUGCUACUUUAUUGAUGACAUGCAGAAAGGAAAAUAAAUUAUUAACACAGUUCUCUGUGUUUAUAUGUACAUAAUGUAUUUUCGUGUAUGUAUUAAAGGUGAAGUGUGUAAUUUCUGCGCCACUAACAUCACCAAACUGACUUGCAAAAUUUGAUUGCUUUCAAACAGCUUUACCAAAUAAUUACAGAUAAUCCCGCCCCAAAUUUACGCCAUUGGUUGAGCCAAAAUCACAGGGUGCUUAAACAAACUGAGCAAUGUUUUCUGGAAAAUCAACGUACAGUUGGCUUACUCAUAGUUGUCACACAAAUUACACAUUUCACCUUAAGAAUUUGUUUAAAAGUUAGUUUUCUGAGCUGUUUAGCUCUUCUGUGUUUUUGCAGUAUAUGUUUGUUGUAUUUAAGUAAAUGCAUCUACAAAGAUUUGUUAAAUUGUAGACAAAAUUGAAUAAUUUCUUCUAAAUAAGCAAAUGAUAAUGAUAAAGUUUUGCACAGUGGCUAUAGAACUAAGUUAGGGUCUGAAGGUCUGCCUUGGUAGUAAAUUGUGUGUAUGCUUUUAUCAAAAUGUGUCAUACUGAAAAUUUCCAGAAGAGGGAGCAGUAAAACUAACACUACAAACAUCUCCAUGGAUCUCCUCUUUUGAGCAGUCAUCUAGUACAGAUGGUACUUUCAAUAAAAAUCAGUUAU